UUAAAUACUCAAAUAUCGCUGUUACUGAUCAAUGCAUCAUGCAGUGUUUGUGGAUGCAACCACUUCCUAUCAAGUCCUCAGUCAAAUGCACAUCUGUUUGGUUGUGCCUUGACAUUCAGAGGCUCUGGGGGUGUGACUGACAGCUAGAAAGGUUUUUGAUUUAUAGGCCUAACGCUGUGUCCUUGAUCUGUUGCCUUUGAAGACCACCUCCCCAGAUGUCAUCCUUUUUAUGGCGGCACAAAGCAGAGAUGCUCACAUUUUUCCAUCAGGGGAAAGCAGCGGGUUUAUUUAUUAUUUGAGAGGGUCGGGACCAGGUCUAGGUGAGGUCCAGGUCUAGGUUAAGUCCAGGUCUAGUCAGUACCAGGUCUAAGUCAGGACCAGGUCUAAGUCACUACCAGGUCAAGGUGAGGUCCGGGUCUAGGUGAGGUCCAGGUGCUUGAAUGGGACCAUUUUCCACUUAGUUUACUCGCAACCACUACGAUGAUGAUGUCUUUGGUAAUUUGUCAUUAUUUUAUUGAUAGAAGUUGAUUUGGACAGAAACCUGUUUGAGAUAUGCCUCGAGGCCCUCAGAAGUUGCUCGUUGAUUAAUGAUUAACUCGUGGAACUCCUCCGACAUUUUCCUCGACUGAAGCUCAGAACGAGUUGAAUCGGUUAUUAACCAACCUCACCGUGACGGGAAAGUAGGUUUGGGUGGAACGUGUACCGUUAUCAAGCUGAUCUCUGGCCUCAGUCCCGUCAGAGUCACCUCACAGGAACGCCUCCAUUAUGUAGCAACCUAACGCUACGGAGACCUUUUUUUCCCAUACAAAAGAUAAGAGGAGUUCCGUCUCUCAACUACCUUUCCCUCGCCCUCCGGGUGGCUCUUUGGCCCCCCCCGGCGGGGGGGGUUGCGACGAUGGUUGAAGCCCGGACUCAUUGUGUUGGCUCGCCCCUUUGGACUCGAACAUAAUCCUCAGGGACCGGUCAAAGUUCGCGAGCGCUGCAGCGAUCCUCAGAGCCCAUGCAAGUGAUCGGUGAGCGGCCCGGAGCUCCGGACAGCUCUAGCUCGAGGACGGUGAGACAAAUCCGAUGGCGCAGGGUCAGCGCUCCGGCAGCAGCAGCAGCAGGAGGAGACGACGGGCUCAAUCCGGGCCUGCGUCCUCCAUGCCUGCUCCCUCGGGCUUCGCUUCACCGGAGAAGAAUGAGCCUGUGAACAACCUGCUCAUCUCUGUCGGAGGCCUCCCCAUGUUGGCGUCCAUGGCCAACACCACCGACCCCCGCUUCCGCCUCAAGUGGAGGCCCAUCGUGGCGGUGGCCUUCUUCCUGGCGACUUUCCUGGUGCUCUUCAUGCACCUGCGCUCCCGCUCCGACGACCCGCACGGCUGGAGGGCCGCCCGCGUGGACGGCCGCCCGCCCGCCCCCCGCUACAACGACACCUACCCUCUCAGCCCGCCGGAGCGCACGCCGCACGGCGCCCGCUACCGCAUCGGACUCAUCGCCGACCUGGACAAGAGGUCCCGCAGAAACCAGACGCUGGCGUGGUUCAGCUACCUGCGGCGGGGCCAUCUGUCGGUGUCCCCGAGCGGUGACAAGGUGGCGGUGGAGUGGGACGCGGAGAGGGUGGUGCUGGAGAGCAGCCUGUCGGAGAAGGGGAGGGGCAUGGAGCUGUCCGAGCUGGUCGCGUUCAACGGGAAGCUCUACAGCGUCGACGACCGGACGGGCGUAGUCUACCACAUCGACGGGGACAAGAUCGUGCCCUGGGUCAUCUUGGCCGACGGCGACGGCAGCGUAGCCAAAGGGUUCAAAGCCGAGUGGAUGGCGGUGAAGGACCAGCACCUGUACGUCGGCGGUCUGGGGAAAGAGUGGACCACCACUGAGGGGGUGUUUGUCAACAACAACCCGAGCUGGGUGAAGGUAGUGGGCUUCAGGGGGGACGUGCAACACGAGAACUGGGUUCCCGUCUACAAAUCUCUCAAGGCUGCUGCAGGGUUGGAGCCUCCAGGGUACCUCAUCCACGAGUCAGCGGCGUGGAGCGAAGCCCUGCAGCGCUGGUUUUUCCUCCCCCGGCGCGCCAGCAAGGAGCGCUACGAGGAGGCGGCGGACGAGCGCCGCGGCACCAACCUCGCCCUCAGCUGCUCGGCGGAUUUCCGCGACAUCCUCGUGAGCCGCGUGGGUCCGCUUAACCCCACCCACGGGUUCUCCUCCUUCAAGUUCGUCCCGAACACAGACGACCAGGUCAUCGUGGCUCUCAAGUCGGAGGAGGACGGCGACAAGGUUGCCACGUACAUCACGGCCUUCACGCUCAAAGGACGCAUCCUGAUGCCUGAAACCCUGAUCGGGGAUGUGAAGUACGAGGGCUUGGAGUUCAUAUGAACUUUAAGGCUCGCCGUGUUGACACUGCACUGUUCUAUUUUGUUUGCAAUCAAGUCACCGUUGAACUUACUGCACUCGCUGCUUCCUUCGUUGAGGCAGAAGUUCCAUGGAUCGUGUUCAGUACAUAGAAGAACAGGCUGACACUGUAAAAAAAAAAGGUUCUUAUUUUUGAGUUGAGGGCCAGUCAACAUAAACAAUGCCAGCAAGUCCAUAGACAGUCUCCUCACCGAGGACAGAUGUGGCCCUCAACAGUAGUGCAGCGUUUCUUAUGAUGAAUGUACACAAGAUUGAUUUAUCAGACUGUGAUUUCUGUUCGCAGAGCAUACAUGUGCACAUACUGUACACUCUCAAAAGGUUUGUUUGUCCUGUUUGCUCCAUGUUAAACAUCAUUCUGCACACACCAAUUUCAUUGAAAUAACUAAACAGUUGUUAUUCUUCAUGUACAUUAUUUGAAGGACAAUGAGUGCUAUAAUUGUUUGUGAUGAAUGACUGAGUAAAAAUGGCUUGAUUCUUAUUUUCUGACUCUUCGUCGUUUAAGUAAUGUAAAUUUUUCACUAGAGACUCAAGUCGAAAUUAUGACUUAAGAUAUGCGCAUGCGCAGGCUCAUUGCAGCCGGUUGUUGACGUCACUCCGGUCACAGAGAGGUGUCGUUCGUGUUUUAACAACGGCUCUGUCUGAAUAUCUGAAUAUCUUGCCAAAUUUACCAAACUGUAAACGUUCUACGGAAACUUGCACCCACUCACUCCGCACCUCGUAACCAACAGGGAGGGACAGGGACGUCUGACGUAUGAAAAGUGAAAGUUGUUUCAACGCCUAUUCGUAGACGUUGAAAAGACGUCUAUGCUUAGACCACAUAUCAACGUGAUUUUUAAUACGGUAAAAUGUCGUCCUCUACUUUGUGCUAUAGCAUUAUUUUAUAGGUUUAAAAAGAAAUGACGUCCACAUUUGUACGUUUACCACCGAUAUUAAAAAUCACGUUGAAAACUGGUCUAAACAUAGACGUCUUUUCAACGUCUUUUCAACGGAUAAAUUGCUCGCUGGAAAAGUACAAGUUACACAGUCAGUUGUCAUGUCAACAGCCCAUAACAAGGACAACACAAUUAGAUUAAUUUGUAUUUAUUCAUAUCAAUAUAGAAUAUAAUUUUGUGUUUGUAAACCAUUUUUCUAAAUCAUUGGCGGUUGAAAAGACGUUGGAAUGAGGUCUUAGACAUUCAGACCUCAUUUCAACCCGAUUUCAACCAUAUUUCAACGUUGAAAUAACGUCUUGUGCUCACUGGGAGUGGUCCGCUUUGAGCGGAGUCUAAAUUAUCGGUAUUUCCGAGUCCGAGAUGAAUUAAAGUUAUUGGGAGAUAAAAUACAUUCCGGGUGGAAUUUACUCGGCAAUUGUGAUAAACGAUUGAAAGGUCCUCUCUUUGUGGAACCAGUGUUGCCAAUUAUUCAACGAGGAAAGACGCUGGAGAAUCCGCGGCGGCUUUGCGCAUGCGCGCGUGACUUUCAGACUGGACGUGACUGCGCUCAUGACUGCAGCUGCGCUGCUGCAAGCCGCGAGGUUUCUGUGUCACUCGCGUAGGACAGUAACUGCAAAACGAUACGCGCUUUCACGUCAGACACCACAAAAGUCUCAAAUGAAAGCAGGUCGCCGGAUUCGUCGCUAGUCCCUUUUGACAAAAAGUCGCCAAGAGGCUUUGGAAAGUCAAUCUUAAGUCACAAUUUCGACUUUUUAACUUCUUAACUUCUAACUUCUCUAUCUUUCUCUUUUUUUGUGGCGGAAAUGGAGUUUAAUAAAAAAUGCAUUUCAAUGAACACAUCAAUUAAUGUGUAAUUUAUAUUUGAGGGAUCGCUUGACAUUUGUGUGUGGGUUUUUUCAGCCUCGUCUCUGCAGAUCCACAAAUGUGUUUUUUUUUUCAACAUCAACCGAUCUGUACCAAUCACAUGUCACCCUCAUUUCAACCAAUCACAUGAACGCAGC